AUGGCCACCAAAACUCCUGUGCUCACUGACAAGGCCCCCAAGCCUCUACCUGGAAUCUACUCCCAGGCCAUUAUCGCAAAUGGAGUCGUCUACUGCUCCGGUGCUGUGGCGAUGGACCCUGUCACAGGCAAAUUGAUUGAGGGAGACAUCAAGGAUCGUACACACCAAUGUAUCAAGAACCUGACCCAUAUCCUCGAGGAAGCCGGCACCAAUAUCAACAAGGUCGUCAAGGUCAAUGUGUUCCUGUCCGACAUGGACAACUUUGCCGACAUGAACUCGGUUUAUAUGCAGUAUUGGGGAGACGUCAAGCCAUGCCGGACAUGCGUUGCGGUCAAGACAUUGCCCCUCAACACGGAUGUGGAGAUUGAAUGCAUCGCAGUGCUGUAA